AUGGACUCUAAUCGACGCCGCAGGCCGGGUGAUCUUGACCCCAACGGACCUCAAAGCCAGCUUCUCAAAAACCUCUGCGAGACUUUAGCGGUGCCUAGACACAAACAGCUGCAUAUAAAUUGCUCCCCGUCGACGGCUUCAUAUACUCAUACGGAUGGCACCACGAUUCCGUCGAAACCUACCAUUACACUUGGUGAUCUCUUGGAACGACGACCAAGUCUUAUUCAAGAGCACAAGAGCCCAACUCUGUCCAAAACGAUAUUACAUGGUCUGUCGUUCAUACUUUCAAAAUCACUCCUGGCGCUCGUUGGCAGCGGCUGGCCACCAUACCCAUGGAGUAUUGACAGCAUCUUCUUCAUGCAUGACAGAGAGAAGAAGAAAGCCGACAUUUACAACCCCUACAUUGAAGCGUUUCUCGAUUUACCAAGCUCGGGCAACGCUACAGACAAUGAAGAUUACUAUACUGACGCCCUUUCUUUCGGCUCGAUUCUCGCGCAGAUAGAGCUCGGUCACAAUAUUACCAUGACGGCAGAGGACAAACAGGACGUGUACCCACCCAUCUACACGGCCCUGACACGAGUAUUCAACGCCUACAUGGCUGAUCUGGUGGACCCUCAAGUCAGGGAAGUCAUUGCCGCCUGUCUCGACUUCAAAAACAAAGUCCUGGCCAUGAAGCGCCGUCCGUCCGUCGAUAAUUCGAGACCAAGAGCAGCGUUGAUACGAUACAUAGUCCAGCCCUUGGAGCGUCGACUUUGCAAAACUGACCCUAAGCUUUACGAUAGUAUAAUCAAUGGUAGAAUAGAAUCCAUUCACGUAGAGUUUCCGCACCCCGGCAACGGCAACAGGACACCUUCAGGCCCAAGCGCCCAACGUCGAGCAUCAACUUCGCGGCAGUUCGGUGCUAUCGACUUGUGUGAUGUGAGUAUUGACUGUAAAUCCGAAACGAGGUGGCGUGCAGAGAAAUUCUUUGACCUUUAUGAGAAGUUCCGCAAGCUCAGAUUCCCCGAGGAAGUGAAGCUGAAGCUUGCCGAAAGUCGUAUCAAAAUAGCCAUUUUGGACACCGGGAUCAACUUGGACGGGUCUGGAUUGCAGUUGAGGAGAGAUGAUAUCAUAGAGGACCGGAAAAGAGCAAACACAGGAGCCGACGGCGAUCCCAUCAAAGCCACGCGGUCGUUCGUCGGACCUCAGGACGACGUCAACGACUGCUGUGGCCACGGAACUCACAUCGCUGACAUUCUGCUCAGGCUGGCUCCGGAAGUAGAUCUAUAUAUCGCCAAAAUCUGCAACGGCAUGGCUGUACAUGCCGUCGACCACAUUGCCGAGGCCAUAGAUUGGGCGGUCACGGAGGGCUGCGACAUUAUCAACAUGUCGUUCAGUAUCGAUCCCGAGCUGGUCCCCAAAGCAAGUCACAACAAAGUCGAGGAGGCUAUUGACCGUGCUGACGGUAAAGGCAAAAUCUUAUUUGCCGCCGCCUCGAAUUGUGGCGGCAACGGCAAGCGGCCGUAUCCGGCGAGCAACCAAAAAGUCAUAUGUGUCCACGCGACGGAUGGCCUCGGCAACGACGCCGGCAUAAACCCGCCCAAAGAAGGCGUGCCGGAUUACUUCAGCACGCUUGGAGUUGGAAUUAAGUUUCUCUGGGACGAACAGUACGUCUUCAAGUCCGGGACGUCGUUCGCCACGGCCGUCGCCGCAGCCAUCGCGGCAAACACUCUGGAAUUCGCAAAAUACUGGCGUAAAGCAGCCGAUAAACCCCGCCCGGCGCUCGACCGGCUGCGCGAUGGCCGAGCCAUGAGGAAGGUCUUUUUCGAGCUUCUGUCGAGGAAUGUACAGCAUCAUCAGUACAUUGCGCCCUGGAUCUUCUGGGAGCUGCACAAGCCCUCGAACCCUGGCUUCGCGGACGAUCUGGCGGACAAACUUGGCCGAGAACAUCAAAUUUGA